GCUUUCCAGUCCGGAGAGAAGAUGAGAGAAGAUGAGAGCAGCAGAGGCUGGAGCGGAGCGCGGGGUACUGACCUAUCGAGUCAAUGAGCAUUACGGGGAGAGGAUCGAGGUUCGCUCUAAAUACUGGAAACAUACGAAUUAUAUCACGGAACGCGUUUGAGGGCAGUGAGAAAAGCCUGCUGCAUUUAUGUUUUACAGUUGAACCCUAUUCUGCUUUUCACUAGCGCAGGGACUGGGCUCUUCAAAAGACCCUUUGGUGUCGGAGGAGCUAAAGUUAACGUUCGUGCAAUAGAUCAGCGCAAACAGGAGAUAUCGGAGCAAACGCGACAUGAGCUCUUCUGUUUGCACUUCAUGCGCCGAGGAGCUGAUGAUCUGAGGUCGAUUUAUUGAGCGGCGCAAAUAGUUGCAGCAGAAUCAAUUGAAGCACAGUUGUCGCUAUUGGGGGCAUUUUAUAUGUUCUAGUUCCAGCAAGCUAUGUGCUUACAUCUUCUAGAGUCUGGAUUUAUUCCACCAUCCGCUCUCCUAGUCAUUUAUUCAUCUUUUCUGCAGCACAGACAAUGGACAGACCCUGAUCCACCAACCAUUGUACUGUAAGUCAUGCCUUUUCAGCUAAUUGGCAAGAAACAUUACCUUUAUCCUGAGCAGAUGCCUGAAACUGAGUUAUUAUUUUGACAUCCAGUCUGCGCUCAGCUUGGUCACCUUCUUCACCUCGGUAUGGAGUUAGGGUGAUUUUUCUCUGUAUAUGUCCAAACCAUGAGCCCCCUUCUUGGAACUUACAAACCAAAAAUAUGUAAACAGAGGGCAAAGGUUGACAAGAAUUGCCCUAAAGUUCAUCUACCCCUCUGGUAGAGAUUUAGAGAGAUAUUUUCUUAUUGCGUAAACACAAUAUAAUUAUUGAAUUUAAAAAUGCCAGUAUGUAUAGAGAAUUCCACAAUUGGCAGCAUUUUUGAAUCCCCUAAAGUAUAGUACUAUUAGUGUAUUAUAGGUUUGUACACCCUUAAAUUUUAAUGCAGGACAGCCAGCAGGUCUGGACUGGGAGUCAAAAAAGACCCUGGUCCUCCACUAGCCCAUUAAAUAGUGACUAUGGGAUCUUACAGUAGCCCAUCUAGCAUUAGCCAGAACUUACAAAUUGCCAGUAAAUGAAUUUCUGUGGAACAAACUGAGAGACCUUGGGUUUAAAUCUGGAUCCUGGUCGGCGCUGCCAAGGGGCAGAUAAUGGCUUGUCGCGGUUGCUGUUGCUGUGGAUUUGGUCAUAUAAAUGAAGACAACGGCCGGUUCCUUUUGUUGGCGAUUCUGAUUAUUCUUUAUUUGCUGUGUGGCGCUGCUGUCUUCUCUGCCAUUGAACAACCUAAAGAGAAGGAAGCCAAGGACAGAUGGCAGCAAAAACUCGACACUUUUAGUCAAAAAUACAAUCUCAAUUUAAGUGACCUGCGAAACUUCCUCCGGGACUACGAGGAGGCAAAUGUGGCUGGGAUUAGGGUUGACAGUUUAAGGCCACGGUGGGAUUUUACUGGAGCACUCUACUUUGUAGGAACUGUUGUCUCAACGAUUGGUUUUGGUAUGACUACUCCAGCCACUAUUGCAGGUAAAAUAUUUCUCAUCUUCUAUGGCCUUAUUGGCUGUGCAGCAACCAUCUUGUUCUUCAAUCUCUUCUUGGAGCGGCUGAUCACAGUAAUUGCCUUCAUAAUGAAAUCCUUCCAUGAGAGGCAGCUAAAAAGGAAGGGGGGGCUUCCUCCUGUAACACGACAGGCAUCAGGAAACUCAGAAGUAGACAGCCUAGCUGGUUGGAAACCUUCUGUAUAUUAUGUGAUGCUGAUUCUUUGCGUGGCAUCAAUUAUUAUAUCCUGUUGUGCCUCAGCAAUGUACUCUCCCAUCGAAGGAUGGGGUUACUUUGAUUCCCUUUACUUCUGCUUUGUUGCCUUCAGCACAAUUGGUUUUGGGGACAUGGUCAGUAGCCAAAAAGCAAAAUACGAGAACCAGGGGAUUUACCGAUUUGGUAACUUUAUCUUCAUACUUAUGGGAGUUUGCUGUAUUUAUUCUUUAUUUAAUGUUAUAUCUAUAGUCAUUAAACAAUGUGUCAACUGGAUAUUACGGAAAUUGGAGUGCAGAUGCUGUCAGAGAUGCCAAAGAAAACUUUUGAGGCCUAAGAGAAAUGUGGUUAUGCCAGGAAAUGUCCGGAUUAGAAGAAACAUCUCUAUAGAAACAGAUGGUGUGUAUGAAAGUGAAACAGAUGGACGAAGAAUGUCUGGUGAGAUGAUCUCCAUGAAAGACUUUUUGGCUGCCAAUAAGGUCUCUUUGGCUAUCAUGCAGAAACAGCUUUCAGAAACUGCCAAUGGCUGCCCCAGACAAAUUGGCUCAAGUUCCAGGCACAAUGGAUUCUCAGGUGGUGUCGGGGCAUUAGCAAUUAUGAAUAACAGAUUGGCGGAGACUAGUGUGGACAGGUGAAUGUGACUAGUAAGGAUUCCAGUUUUGGCAAACUGAGUAGGACUCUAUUGAUAGUAUAAAUGCUAAGUGCCAUAUUCUGGGGUUAUCAUUUUUUAAGUUGCAGAAUGAGAACCACUGGUGGUCUUUUGAAGAUAAAUCUGUGUGUAUGCCUAUAACAUUUCAUUCUUCUACACUUUAACACUGUUAAAUUCAAUCCAUCGCUGCAAACACCUACAACAUACAAAGAUGAACAGAGAAACCAGCACAGUUCAUCCCAGAAUAAUCCUUCCUCAAAUAACUCAGGAACCAGAUAGAUAUACAGCACAGGUAGUAGGUGGCCAAAUUUACUCAACCCUGUUUAUGAAAAAUCCACCUAGUGUUGGCAGAAAAUAAAGACUUGAUAUCUUUUUUGCUAUCAAUGUGUCUAUAUUUCUGCCCAUCUGUCCAUAUUCUAUUUGUGUGUUUGUCCUAUAAUUACGUAUUGAUAUAACUUUAUGAUCUGAAAAUGGGUAGACUACACUGAUAUUCCCUGUAGCAUGUGUAGUUGGUUUGGGGAAGGCAAAUUCUGUGGAAUACUGUGUUGCAUCAAGGAGCACUUUAAUAGAUGUUUUAAUAUAAAGCACUGUGACUUAUAUUUAUUAAAUAGGGUGAAUUGGGCUAAGCCACUGCACAGGUAUGCUCUUUUAUGCUCUUUGUGACCUACCUGGUAACCUACAUUACAUAGAGCACCUUAUUCCUACUAUUCAAUAUAUAUAUUGUAUUUACAGGUUUCUAACUGCUGUUAGUGGCUGCUCCAUGUUGGCUUUGUACCUUAUGAUUAGUAACUAACUGCUCGGUUUGAUGGAAAAUAUUUAUAACCCUGCACCAGAAUAAAUAGGGCUCUUUAUAUUCAACUUAUAAAUGACCCUGGGUGUGAUGACAGCCUAAAGCCUAAGACUAAAGAAUCAAGAACACUUUUUAGACAGAUCCUAUUUCUACUAAAAGCCACAAUGUGGUACAUGUCGGGUCCUUCAGGCUAUAAUGUUUAUUGAUAUUUCUCCAAAGGAGAGUAAAUUAAGGAACAUUUCACAUCAUUUGUUAAGAUUGUAAGUCUCCCCUUUGCAUUACCCAUUAGACAGACUCCAUGUUGCUUCUAUAUGUUUCUACUUGUAAAAGGGACACUGCUGCCUUUUCUUUUAUUAUUUGUUAUGGUUGUACUGUAUUUAGCAUAAGCAGCUUCCUCAUAAGUUGUCACCCAUUUUUAUUAUCUGUAAAUGUUUUUAUUUUUCUAUGGUUCGGGAGCUUUUUACACACAUUUCAGCUCUGGUCAAAACAAUCUUUUUACAAAAACAGCAAUAAGGUGUUGUUAACUGAAUUGGCUGAACUAUUCCUUGAAGCUAGAUUUGCUAAUUUGGCAAGGUUGCCAACCACAUGCAGACACACUAGGGUGCAGUCCUUGCUUGAAUUUGAAUUUCAAACCAACCUGCUUGGUAGAUAUUUGGAUCAGCCAGAUAUCUAUUUUCAAAACCUUUCCUAGAAAGAUAAUUACAUAUGUCCCACAAUACCAUACAUAUAUAAAAAUAUUCAGUAGGCAUUGUUGUUGCAUUGAAAUUAGCACAAUGGACAAUAAACAAUAUGUAGCUGUUUAAGGGUAAAUCCCCAAUGCACAAAAAAGAUGCCGGUGAGUCUUUAAGGCAAGGAACUGUUUGGGAGCAGACUGGGCAGAAUUGAGCAGGGCAGAACAGGACCAAAGAAAGUUUGGAGCAGGAACAAAACUGGAGCAAGAACAGCACCAGCACAAGGGUGAGCGAGAGCAAGGAAGAGCUAGGGACAAGCAACAGUACUCAAGCCAAUCACUGACUAAAAUAUUUCGUUUCUCAGCUGAUUUAUAAUACACAUGAUAUAAACAAUAUAAUAGACUGAAGUGUCCAGAGAUUUUGAAUAAUCAGGCUCAUUUCUAACAAAGGGAAGUGUCUGGGCUACAGUGUUUGCAAGCUGAUUACAUCUACAUUAAUGCAAAGUAUGUCGUUUUUUUAUGUGGGUUUUCUGGAAGUGUUAUUGAUUUUUCACAUGAUGUAAUUACCUUAGAAUAGGCUGGCCUUUUAUAGCAAGAUGAGCUCCAGUUAAAAAACUUUCAGCCGAGCUUCAGUCCUUUGUUUAAGCUUGUUUGCAUUACUCUAUCAGAGAAAUAUUGUUACAUUAUUGUGUGGCGGCUCUGUUCUGUAACUGAUACAUUGGGGCAGAUUCACUAAAGGGCGAAUUGUCGCCAGCGACUGAUUUGCAGACUUUGC